AUGAGCUCUCGGGUCCUUAACUUGUCUCGCACUGCCCAGGCCGCGCGAGCUAACCAACAUGUCGCUCGUUCCAAUGACUCCGCAGCGGUGCGCCCAGUGCAGUCGCUUCCAAGAGCGCACCAGAUUGCGGAAUUCUCCAACACCAGUCCAGCCAACGAUCGGCUAGGACAGCGGGCUAAAGAGAAGCUCCUAGAUCGGGAUUUCUUCCUCAGCUUGCUGAGCUCUGCUUCCACCAAGCGUGAAGCUAAGUCAUACUUGUCUCGCUUCAAGAACAACCCUCCCAAGACAGCCGCCCAACCCGCGAAUGAACAGGAAGUCCCUACGGAGAACCUAUCGGAGUCCUUGCCCUCCGGUGUCAACCUGGGCUCAUUUUACGGUGCUACGAGAGCCGUCUACGAUAGCCCGGUUUUUCGACAAAAUACUACACCUGCACCACAGGGCCAAGAGCCCGCGGAGCGGCUUCAUUUAGCCUUGGUCAAGAUCACCAACCCCCCAGUCUCUCGACGAUGA